GGUCGUUGAUUUGGUGAACGUGCACAAGCUCGCUGCUCGCAGUUGUGCUCGAGAGGUGACUUUGAGAUCGUUGCGAUGGAUCCCCGACCUUCUUUAACCAGCGAAGCCGCUUGGCUUGAAUUGAAGGAGUACUUUAAAUCCAAUUUGGACAAUCUGAAGCUGAAGGACCUCUUCGCCAAGGAUCCGCAGAGAUUCCAGAAAUUCAGCAUCAAAAUUGAUACACCGAAUGACGGUGAUAUCCUCGUUGACUAUUCGAAGAAUUGGGCGGACGAUGAGCUCAUGGCGAAGCUAUUCAGGUUGGCGAAGGAACGCAAACUGGAAUCUGCCCGAUCUGCGAUGUUUGCAGGUGAAAAGAUUAAUUUCACCGAGGACAGGGCUGUCCUCCACGUCGCACUCAGGAAUCGCUCAGGAAAGCCGGUCAUCGUGAACGGAAAAAACGUAAUGCCCGACGUUGAUGCAGUUUUAACUCACAUGAAGGAGUUUACUAACUCGAUUUUAAGCGGCCACUGGAAAGGGUUCUCUGGUAAGCAAAUUACGGAUGUUGUCAAUAUUGGCAUUGGCGGCUCCGAUUUGGGUCCGUUGAUGGUCACCGAGGCUUUGAAAUCCUAUAACAAAGGCCUAAAGAUGCAUUUUGUUUCCAACAUCGAUGGAACUCAUUUGGCCGAAGUGCUGAUGAAAGUUGAUCCAUCUAGUGUGCUCUUUAUCAUCGCCUCGAAAACGUUUACCACUCAAGAGACAAUAACUAACGCAACUUCGGCUAAAAAGUGGUUCUUGGAGUAUGCUAAAAAUCCUGCCGCAGUGGCCAAGCACUUCGUGGCUCUCAGCACGAACGAAGUCAAAGUGAAAGAGUUUGGAAUCGAUCCGGCCAAUAUGUUUGGUUUCUGGGAUUGGGUCGGUGGAAGGUAUUCCCUGUGGUCGGCCAUCGGAUUGAGCAUUUGUCUCUCGUUGGGCUACGACAACUUCCAGCAACUGUUGGAAGGCGCGCAUUUCAUGGAUAACCAUUUCCAGACUGCUCCAUUGGAGAAGAACAUCCCGGUAAUAUUAGCUCUCUUAGGUGUUUGGUACAGCAAUAUGUGCGGGGCAGAAACGCAUGCCUUGUUACCAUACGACCAAUACAUGCACCGAUUCGCCGCGUAUUUCCAACAAGGAGACAUGGAAAGUAACGGAAAAUAUGUUACGAGAAGCGGACAGGUGGUGGACUAUUCGACUGGACCGAUUGUGUGGGGUGAACCUGGUACUAACGGCCAACAUGCCUUCUAUCAGUUGAUUCAUCAAGGAACCCGUCUGAUUCCUGCUGACUUUAUUGCUACUGUGCAAUCUCACAACCCCAUUAACGGCGGCAUCCACCACAACAUUUUGCUUGCCAAUUUCUUGGCCCAGACCGAAGCUUUGAUGAUGGGUAAAACCGAAGAGGUCGCUAAACUUGAACUUGAGAAAAGUGGCAUGGAUGCAGACUCUAUUAAGAAGAUAUUACCGCACAAAGUAUUCAAGGGGAACAAGCCUACUAACAGCAUAGUUGUAAAGAAAAUGACGCCGUUCGUUCUGGGUGCUUUGAUCGCAAUGUACGAGCACAAGAUUUUCACUCAGGGUAUCAUUUGGGAUAUCAAUUCGUACGAUCAAUGGGGUGUGGAAUUGGGUAAACAAUUGGCGAAAGUCAUCGAGCCGGAACUGAAUGAUAACAAACCGGUCUCCACUCAUGAUUCCUCAACUAAUGGACUCAUCAAUUUCAUUAAAGCAAACCGCUAAAUAGUUGUUGCUUAUCAAAUAGCUGUAGCAUUUACUUGAUGUGAUGUCCGCAGGUGCGGAUUUGAUGGAAUUAGUGCCACCCAAUUUACCUAUAUUUUUUACAUACCCUUUAUUAUUUUUAUAUAGUAUAUCUAAUUUAUUCUCUUAAUAUAAAGAAAAAACAAACUUAUUAUAGACAUUUUUAUCCAGUCCACAAAUUAUAUGUAAAAUGUAUU